UGUCGAAAUGUGGUCGAAAGAUGUCGUCUAUGCACGUAACACUGAUAGCGGGUGUAAUUUAUGGCAGUAACUGAGGUUUCAAGACCGAGUAAGAAGACGUGUGAAAGCUAAGCUAUGAGAAGUCACUGUGUUUAUUUGGCUUUUGGAAGUGUUCUACUAGUGACAUGCCUAGCAAAAGAGAUUGACACGAAGCAGUUCUACUUUGGCCAUAAAGUUAUACGAGUGUUCCCUGCGACACAAGCACACCUCAACGUGUUAGUCACACUACAAAAUCAAUUCAACAAUGAAGCUCUCGACUUUUGGACACAAACGCUGCUUGAGGGAGCACCUGUUGAUAUUCGUCUGUCUCCCGUAAACAGUUAUGAAAACAUCACUGCAUUGCUGACAAGUUAUGGCAUCGAGUUCAGAGUUCAGAUACCAAACUUACAAUCCGUCAUUGACCAACAAAACGGGAACCAACGAGGGAAGCGUGAAACUUCAUCAUGGUUUGACCGAUAUCAUAGUUUGGACGAGAUUUUCUCUCAGCUUAGAGAAACCGCCGCCUUGAAUAAGGAAAGAGUUCGGAUAUUCACGUUCGGAAAGUCUUAUGAGGGAAGACAGCUGUUCGGUGUUGAGAUCCAGACAACCCCACAAGACGCUAAGCCAUUGGUAUUCAUAAACUGUGGAAUCCAUGCCAGAGAAUGGGUCACACCAGCUACAUGCAUGUAUCUUAUACAUCAGUUAACCUCUCAAUAUCAAGAUGACGUCACUGUGCAGGAGGUGUUAAACAGAGUGGAUGUUGUUAUAAUGCCUGUUUUUAACGUGGACGGUUACGUAUACACUUGGAAAAAGGAUCGUAUGUGGAGAAAGAACAGAAGCUUGAACCCAGGCUCCAAAUGCGUCGGGACAGACCUCAACCGGAACUGGGGAUUCGGCUGGGGUGAGACCGGAGCAAGCGGCCAUCCCUGCAGUGAAAUCUACCAUGGACGUGCUGCGAUGUCCGAACGUGAAGUUCAAAGUGUUGCUAACUUCCUUCAGUCCCAAGGACACCGACUGGUAGGGUAUCUCGAUAUUCAUUCCUACAGCCAAAUUUUGAUGUUUCCGUGGGGAUAUACAAAGAGACGGAACAAGGACUACGAAGAACUGAUGCGGGUUGGUCAGGCUGCAGUGGAUGCGAUCAAAACUCGCGGAGGUGACAACACCAGUUACACUUUAGGACAAGCAUCCGAUAUCAUGUAUCUCGAGUCCGGCACAACAAAGGACUACAUUUAUGGCCAUUUGAACGUGCGAUACGCGUUCUCUAUGGAGCUAAGAGACACUGGAAAAUACGGAUUCCUUCUUCCCAGCCAUCUGAUAGAACCAACAGCUAAGGAAGCGUUUGAAGGAAUCAAAGCCAUAAUUCUGAAUAUGAAAUUAAAUGAUUAACAAACCAAUGUCGUUAUUUUCUAUAUUGUGAUUCAAAUACUUGCAGAAAACGAAAUAGAUAAAGCUUUGGCGUGUUUUGCCUCAGCAAAUGUCAUAGAGUAACCCCAAACAUUUUAAAUUCC